AUGGACGACCUCAACACCGAUAACACGCGUAUGAGGAGCGGGUCUGUCACACCAAGACCGCCUAGGAUCACGCGCAUAGAGAUGAAAAGGAGUGAGAAGAGCCGCACGAAGGAGCUGGCCCAGUGGCUGUUUGACAAUCAGAUUGGUCUUGCCUUCUAUACCAUCAUCCCUCUUCUUCUCACGUACUUCUGCAUCCCCGGGGCGCGUCCACUCACGUCCAAGUUCUUGAAACUCUCAUAUUACAACCCGGCCACGGGCAAAUAUGGAGCGGGACACGAUGACCUCUACUUCGUCGCAUUCUGUGUCAUGCUCUCCAUCGGCAUCCGUGCGGCGCUGAUGCGGCACGUUCUUGCACCUCUUGGUAGACAUUGGGGUAUAUCGAAGAAGAAGGAUGUCACGCGCUUCUCAGAACAGGGUUGGAUGCUGGCUUACUACAGCGUUCUUUGGCCGAUUGGAAUGUACCUCUAUCGCAUCUCGCCAUACUACCUUAACCUGAAGGAGCUCUGGGCCGAUUGGCCGAAAAGGGAGCUCGAUGGCCUGAUGAAGGCAUACAUCCUGGUGCAAUGGGCAUACUGGGCUCAGCAGGUCAUUUCCGUGAACAUCGAGGCUCGCCGUAAGGAUUACUGGGAAAUGAUUGUUCACCACGCCAUCACCAUCUCCCUCAUCGCCGCAUGCUACGCCUAUCACCAGACCCGGGUCGGCCACCUAAUUCUGAUCCUCAUGGACGUCAUCGAGCUGAUCUUUCCGCUGGCCAAGUGUCUCAAGUAUGUCGGCUUCACCACCCUUUGCGACGUGGUGUUCGGCGUGUUCCUCUUGGUGUGGAUUUGGACGCGUCACAUCUUCUAUCUCAUGGUCUGUUGGAGCGUUUGCUACGACCUACCUCGGAGCUUGAAACAACCAUGCUUCCGGGGCCCCGCGGAGGACGUCGUGGGUCCAUACCAGGCACCCGAAGAAGGCUGGUCCCAUCUCAUUGAGCCAUUCGUGGACCCCGCAGGCACCGUGUGUAUGACAGACGGCAUCACAAAGGGCUUUCUGACCUUUCUCCUCGCCCUCGAGGUUGUCAUCUGCGUGUGGUCGUUCUUCAUCAUCCGGGUGACAUGCCGCGUGUUGAAGGGGGCCUCUGCCGAAGACGUCAGGAGCGACGUCGAGGACGAAGAAGCAGAGGAGGAGGUCGAGUACCAGAUGUUGGAGACGUUGGAGAUUGAGGAAGAAGUCGGCGUAGAAUCCAUUGACUUAAAGGCAUGGGAGCGCCGCAACGCCAAGAGGGAACCCAGCUCGAGGGCGAGUGGUGUCAGGGUUUCUAGGAGCCAAAGCGACCGGAAGGAGCUGCUCAACAGAAUCGGUUGUGAGAAGCAGAUUGACUAA